GCUGUUUUAUUUUCCGUAGGAGUCUGUAGAGGUUGCAAAACUGUCUUUUGAGUUUACAACUAGAUCUUUUUUUACCCUUGAUAAUUUCGUAUGUUUUUAUUUUCCCUAAGUGCCAUUUUAAAGGGCACUUCUUUCCUCAAGUUUCGGUAGUACGUAUAUUUUGUUAAAUAGUGUUUCUGUAAUAUUGAAACUGUGGAAUUGAGGGGAGAAUAAAGCCAAGAAAUGACUGAAAACGUUUGUCGUUAUAUGAUUGACAUUUCAAGUACCGGGGGCGCACUCACUCCGCUCCAGUGUGAAGUAUAGCAUUGACAUUGAAAGCAGUAUGUAAUUACAGCAGUUGGAAUACUUAAAACUUUUUGUCUUUUUGAUAAAUGAAUCUAUAUUUAGAGUUUUAAAAGAUGUGUUAUGUAGGACAAAUGAAAAUGACCCACUCAAAUAACAGGAUUUAUGAUGUUAGCUUUGCUGUUUUUGUGAACAGCAGAUACUGUGUUGAGUGGGCGCUCUUAAAAACACACGCAAGUAGGUCAAGUAAAUCACAUUUUAAAGAGAAAACCAAGAGUGAAAGCCACUCUAGAAGUAGAUUUUGUAUGUGUGUGUUUUAGUUAUAUAUGCCUUAAAUUGAGCGUUUUGUUAAGCCUGAUCUUUGAUUUAGAAUUUGUGUUGCAAGUGGACUAAGAGUAAGUUGUGGGUGAAAUGAAAAUAAUGGCAAACAUUUGAAGGUUUUUGUUUUUCCUUGUUGUUAAAAAGUUGGUAGAAAUACAAUAAUCGUGAAAACUAUUUUUCCAAGUAGCUGAUCAUUAGGUAAGUGGAAGAAAAAAAGAAAUGGCCUUUUUCCUUUUAGGAGACGUGUCAAUUGGUGAACACUUUGUUUUCAGUUUCCACCAACUUGAAUUGUCAGAAGAAUGGGGCAGAUUUUUUUUUAAAGGAUUCAAAGGUUUCUUAGCAGAAGAAAAAGAGCGUAUUAAAUCUUUUCACAAUAUUGAUCUGGUUAGAAAAUACUAUUUUAUGUAUUAGUCAUUCAUGAAAUGCCUGACACACUGUUAAUUGGGUAUUUGAAGGCCUCCCCCCCAACCCCCCAGUGUUACUAACAGAAAGUGUCUUUUCCAUUCUCUUGCACGGUUUUUGAAUGUGGCUAAGGAACCUGUGUUUGUCAAAUAGGCUGGAUCAAGAACAGUCUUUGCACAGGAUGAACCAGCAGUGGAAGAAAAAAUCCUGCAAACUGGCUGACUGCCAGUGAAGAUGUCUUAUUUUUAUGACAAGCAUCUGUGGGAUCUGUAAUAGAAAUGAUGGCUGGCUGUGGUGAAAUUGAUCACUCAUUAAACAUGCUUCCUACAAACAGGAAAGCGAAUGAGUCCUGUUCAAAUACCACACCUUCUCUAACUGUCCCUGAAUGUGCCAUUUGUCUGCAAACAUGUGUUCACCCUGUCAGUCUGCCUUGUAAGCAUGUUUUCUGCUAUCUGUGUGUAAAGGGAGCUUCAUGGCUCGGGAAGCGAUGUGCCCUCUGUCGGCAAGAAAUACCUGAGGAUUUCCUUGACAAGCCAACCUUGUUGUCGCCAGAAGAACUCAAGGCAGCAAGUAGAGGACAUGGUGAGCAUGCGUGGUAUUAUGAAGGACGAAACGGGUGGUGGCAGUAUGACGAGCGCACUAGCAGAGAGCUGGAAGAUGCUUUUUCCAAAGGUAAAAAAAGCACUGAAAUGUUAAUUGCUGGGUUUCUGUAUGUUGCUGAUCUUGAAAAUAUGGUUCAAUAUAGGAGAAAUGAACAUGGACGUCGCAGGAAGAUUAAGCGGGAUAUAAUAGAUAUACCAAAGAAGGGAGUAGCUGGACUUAGGCUGGACUGUGAUGCUAAUACCAUAAACCUAGCAAGAGAGAGCUCUGCCGAUGGAGCGGACAGCGUAUCAGCACAAAGUGGAGCUUCUGUUCAGCCUCUAGUGUCUUCUGUAAGGCCCCUGACGUCAGUAGAUGGUCAGUUAACAAGCCCUGUGACACCAUCCCCUGAUGCAAGCACUUCCCUGGAAGACUCUUUUGCUCAUUUACAACUCAGUGGAGACAGCACAGCAGAAAGGAGUCACAGGGGGGAAGGAGAAGAAGAUCAUGAAUCCCCUUCUUCAGGCAGGGUACCAGCACCAGAUACGUCCAUUGAAGAAACUGAAUCAGAUGCCAGCAGUGAUAGUGAGGGUGGAUCUGCGCUUGCUGCACAACACUCCUUGACCCAACAGAGACUUUUGGUUCCAAAUGUAAACCAGACAGUAUCAGAUCGAUCAGGAACUGAUCGAUCAGUAGCAGGGGGUGGACCAGUGAGUGUCACUGUCAGAUCUAGAAGGCCUGAUGGACAAUGCACAGUAACCGAAGUUUGAAUAAAAGUCUUUCGCUCCAUGCUCAGAAUGGUUAUCUGUAAAUUUCUGCCCACAUAACAUUAUACUCAUCCCUAGUAGUGCAUUUUGGGAGUUGGGGUGGGAAGGGGUAUAGGAAGGAUAGACCUGUAUGUAAUUAAAAUGUCUAACAUGUCUCUCGAGAAAUUUAUUUAAUAUAAGGAACAUGGGUGUUAAUAGUUGAGAGCUGUUUUAGUAAUGACCCAGUUUUCUUGAAGUCUGUUUAUUUUACAGUUUUUAAAUUUCUUCAGCUCUUUUUGGCCAGUGUGUGUGUAUUAACUGCACUAAUGGUCCUCAUCUGACUUUUACAUUGUGUCUUAUUUUUCUGCAUGAAUUAAUAUAAAACCAUUACUAAAAUUUGGCUCCUAUGAGAUGUCUGGUAUCAGUAUGAACAGGAAGCUUAAUGUGAGAAUAGAUGUGAAUUUGGGAUUUUAAAAUAGAUGAAUAACAACUAUUUAAUAGUAAAUUACUGAAAUGGAAAUGUAAAGAAAACAGCUUAAUUUAUGUUUCAGAAUCUUCUCUAUAACACACCUCAUGGCGUCCCCAUAGGCUUUGCUGUCUAGUCCUUGUAGUUCGAGAUUUGAUCUGCAUUUUUUUUUGAUGACAGAAUUUAUAAUUUAAUAAAUAUGAGUUUAUCAAAAA